AUGUCAAGACCUGCUGUUGGAUUUGUCGGCCUCGGAGCCAUGGGCUUCGGUAUGGCGACGCACCUCGUGAAGGAAGGAUAUCCGGUGCACGGCUUUGAUGUGUUUCCCGCUUCAGUGGAGCGCUUCAAGGCCGCUGGUGGAAUACCAGCCUCGUCGUUGAAGGAGUCUGCCCAGGGAAAGCACUACUACAUCUGCAUGGUGGCCUCGGCGCCGCAGGUCCAAUCUGUUCUCUUUGGUGAUGAUGGCAUCGUUUCUGCGCUUCCUCAAGAUGCGACACUCAUCCUAUGCUCGACUGUCCCUGCAUCCUACGCGCAAUCUGUAGCCUCUGAGUUGCAGUCAUGUGGCCGGGGCGACAUUCAGUUCAUCGACGCCCCAGUUUCGGGCGGCGCUAAGCGCGCUGGUGAUGGCACGUUAUCUAUCAUGGCUGGCGCGACAGAUGCUGCCCUUGAGAAAGGAAAGUUUCUUCUUGAGACCAUGUCUGAUGCCAACAAGCUCUACCUGGUGCCUGGGGGCAUUGGCGCCGGCAGCAACAUGAAGAUGGUCCAUCAAGUUCUUGCUGGAAUUCACAUUCUGGGAGCUAGUGAGGCCAUGGGCUUUGCUGCGCAACUAGGCCUGGACGCGGUCAAAACUGCAGAGGCUAUCAAGAAGUCAGAUUCGUGGACGUGGAUGCACGAGAACCGACUGCAGCGCAUGCUCGAUGAAGACUGGCACCCCGGUGCCAGUGCUUUGACGAUUAUUCUCAAGGACGUGGGUAUCAUCACGACCUCCGCGCGCGAGAACCAAUUCCCCACACCACUCUGCUCCACGGCCGAGCAAGUCUAUCUCUCGGCAUUGCUACAAGAAUUCGGUCGUAUGGACGACUCUUCCAUGGUCCGCCAAUAUUACUCGCAGCCGAUCACAAAGGUCAACAGCUCCAAGUCCGACGAAGAAAGUGCCGCAGCUCUGCGGUCAGUGCUCGAUGUCAUGCAGUUGACUAAUCUAGUGGCCGCCGCCGAGGCCAUCGCAUUUGCAAAAUACCUCAAAGUCGAUCUUAAGCAAUUCUACACCCUUGUCAGUGAUGCUGCUGGAUCCAGUCGCCAAUUCAUGACCCUGGGACUGGAAAUGAUCGAAGGAAAAGUGGGCAAGAAUUCAGAAAGCGUUGAUCAAGCUAUUAAUCGUCUACAAAAGGCGGUCCAGAAAGCUCGAGAUCUGCACUGUCCAUUGCAUCUGGGCAACGCCACGAUGAACGUGCUUUUGAUGGCCAAGCGAGCUGGACUCGGCGCUGAUGGUAGCACAAGUGUGGUUAAGAUGUUUGGAUUUUAA